CGGAGCAGGGCGGCAGGCGGGCGCCGAGCUCUCGCGGGAUGUGGCGCCCCCCCGGCCGGGAGCUCGAGCUGCGGCUGCCGCGGCCGGUGCCAGAGCGGGUCUCGCCCAGGGGAGUCUGCGGCGGCUGCCUCGGGGCCUCGCCGGCUUGUCGCAGCUGCUCCGCCCCCGCGGCCGGCCGGAUGGAGCCGCCGUGCCCGGCCUGAGCGCGACAGCGGGAGGAGCGGCUGGCGGCGGCAGGACACGGAGCGGUUCCCCCGGCCCGGGCGGGCGGGCACAGCAUGGUUGACUAUAUCGUGGAGUAUGACUAUGAUGCCAUACAUGAUGAUGAGUUAACAAUUCGAGUUGGAGAAAUCAUCAGAAAUGUGAAAAAACUAGAAGAGGAAGGAUGGUUAGAAGGGGAGCUAAAUGGAAAAAGGGGCAUGUUCCCUGACAAUUUUGUUAAGGAAGUUAAGAAUGACCCAGAACCUAAGGAUGAUGGUUUGCCAAUCAAGAGGGAGAGGCAUGGAACUGUAGCAAGCCUUGUGCAGCGCAUGAGCACCUACGGUCUUCCAGCAGGAGGAUUUCAACCCCAUCCUCAAUCCAAAAGCUUCAAAAAGAAGUUAAAGAAGCGGCAGUGUAAAGUGCUGUUUGAGUAUAUUCCACAGAACGAGGAUGAACUGGAGCUCAAGGUGGGGGAUGUUAUUGACAUUAAUGAAGAGGUAGAAGAAGGCUGGUGGAGUGGAACACUAAAUGGCAAGUCAGGAUUAUUUCCUUCAAACUUUGUAAAAGAAUUAGAAUUGACAGAUGAUGGGGAAACACAAGAAGUCCCGGAGGACACAGAGUCUCUUGUCACUGGCUCUCCCUCACCUGUGGUCUCUCCAGGGAAUGGAAAUGAACCUGGAGCUGGACCAAUAGCACAGCCAAAGAAAAUCCGAGGAGUUGGGUUUGGAGAUAUCUUUAAAGAAGGUUCCGUGAAACUUAAAACGAGAUUACCCAGUAAUGAUUCAGACGAGAAAAAACAAGAUAAGCCACUACCUAACCUUCCACCGGGAUCAAAACUAACCCAGUUUCCUAGUGUAACAAAAGCAGAACCUGCAGUAGAUGUAACAAAAGUAGAAACUGAAAGCAAACCAAAAGUCAAGGAAUAUUGCAGGACUUUAAUUUCCUUUGAUGGUUCAAACGAAGAUGAACUUGGUUUUAAAGAAGGCGAGAUUAUCCAGAUAAUAAGUAAGGAUACUGGAGAACAAGGAUGGUGGAAAGGAGAGCUUAACGGUAAAGAAGGAAUCUUCCCAGACAACUUUGCUCUUCAAAUACAAGAGUCUGAUAAGGACUUUCCAAAGCCAAAGAAGCCACCACCUCCUGUUAAAAGUCCAGCUCCUAAGCCUGAACUUCCAAUAGGAGAGAAGAAGUUUCUUUCUUCUAGACCUGAAGAAAAAGAUGAAAAGGCAGCUCUGGAUCAGAAGCCUUCUAAGCCAGUAGCUCCCCAAGUACCACCCAAAAAGCCUGUUCCUCCAAACAAGAAUACUAAUGUAUUUAAAGCUGGGCUUCUGCAUCCAAAGCGACCAGAUAAACCAGUCUUACCAUCGCCUGUGUCCAAAUCUAAUGGGGAAGUGGUUUCCCUUCGACCGAAAUCUGAAAUUGAGCCACUAAUAAAACCAAAGUUAGAUUCUGAACAUUUACCGCUUAGACCAAAAUCAGUAGAGGUAGAUUCAGUUGCAGUAAAGAGCUCUAAAGAACCAGAUCUUUUAAGUUUUGAUGUAAUAGCUACCUCAGAUAAUCUGUCACACCCUACUGCAAGCAGACCGAAGAUGCCUGGCAGGAGGCUGCCUACUCGUUUCAACGGCAAUCAUUCUCCAACUCAAAAUGAGAGUACAGAAAAAAUUGUGAAGGAGCAUAAAGAGGAGGAAGAAAGUGCCAAACCAAAGCCAUCUGAAGUUAAAAAGUCACCUGUGUUCACUUCAACACCUCUAUCUUCAUCUCCAAGACCAAAUUCUAUUCUACUCAGUUCUGCUCCUGGAGAAAUCACAGUUAAAGACCAAACAGAAGGGGGCGGAAAUUCUGUGGACGAUCUCAGGAUUCAGAUUAAUGAAUUGUUGAGUAUUGUAGAAGCACUGAAAAAAGAUCAUAGCAAAGAACUGGAAAAACUAAAAAAAGAUUUGGAGGAAGAGAAAAUGAUGCGAAGUCUCCUAGAGGCUGAAAUAGAAAAGUUGAAGAAAGCAGUCAUGUCUACAUGAGUCAGCCACAGACAGUGUCCUUAACUUGCCAGGAAUUCAAACACAUAAUACAAAUAGAACUGACUUUUUUUUUUAGUUCAGUAAAAUGAAAGCUGGUGUUCCAUGGGCUUAGAGGGGGGAAAAAAGAGUAAAGAGGAAUAUAGUCUUGUAUUCAGAGAGAGAAGAAAAAAAAAUUGAUGUAAUUAUUUUUUGCCAAUAUAAAAGAGGCCUUAUUUCUUACUGUGCUGGAAUUGCAGACCUUUAUUUUCCGGUUUGCUUGAAAAUACUACUGAAUCUGUAUAAAAAGAAGAGGGAGUUCUUAAUAGAUUUUUAUUGAAUACUUGUAGUGUAAUUUUUAAAGAGAUCUAUACUAUAAAUAGGGUGAUAUAUCUUUACAAGUAAUCUGUAAAAUAGUCAAUUGGGAAGGACGGAGUAACCUAAUAGUAAUUGUAGUCUACUUUUCCCAGACACACAAAAGGGAAUAUAUGAUAUUUGUAUAUUAUUUUUUAAUUUUAGCAUUCUUUCCCAGGAUUACACUGUUGUGCCUGUCUGCAGUGAGAGUAUUCGUAAUAUGCUGUUUUUUAUAAUUUGGGUGACGAGACAAGAAUUUGGUGGUCCUAUGUGGCAGAUUAAUCGCCUGUGCAUAGUAGUAAUUGGUGAUCUAAUCAAAAUAGUUUAUUAAACAGCAAACAUUUUGUCACUUGCACUAUAGGAUUUAUAAAAGGGAUUUAUGAUUGAACCAUAAAACUAUAGUAGGACAAAGUUAAUUCUUAAAACCACAAAAAAGAAAAAGAAAUCCAGAGUUAAGGCUAAAUCCUGUUGUGCCUAGGCAUCGUAGCACAUACGACAUGCAAAAUCAGCCUUAACUCUAGUUUUGUUUGCUUUUCUGAAUUUAAAUCUAGCUCAUCAGUCUUCAGUGGUUUGUUUCUUUUUUGCAGUAAUAGUAGUAUUAAAAAAGAACUUUUUAAAAGCUUCCUUCAUAUGAAUUGCAACUUUCAGAGUCUUCAGUCAGCCAUAUGCAUAUACACAUACACGUUCAUAUAGUCUUUAAAAUUGGGUAGUAUUACUCAAUGGACACGGAUGGCUCCAAACAAAUCACUUUGGGCUCUUAUGUAAAUAUUGAGACUUUUUUCAAAGCGUAUUACUUAUGCCAUAAACCAUAAGCUCUCAGUAUGUUAUGUAAAUCCAAAUGUAAUCACAUUUUAAAGAAAUAUAUAUUUUCACAUGAUAGAUUGGAACAGCUUCUGAUGAAUCAUUGUGCUGAUCUGACACAAUGUCUUUCAUGUAUUCCCCAUGGAAAAAAGUUGAAAACUUGCAGGUCACAUUGUACCUAACCCUCUCCUUCCCUCCCCCGGGAGCAAUGCAAAUAUCCAAGUAACGCAUUGCUUCAAUUAAGCAACAACCUCCUCAUCUCUGACCUAGCGGAAUAUAGCAUGCCCCCUAGUUUGACAAGCUCACCAAUAAAUAGUCUUGGCUUGUAAAACACCAUUUAGAUUUCUAUUCAUGUGAGUACAGUAGGGGUAGUAAUGUAGAUUCAUGAAGUAAAGUGAAAGUUUUUAAUAAAUCAUGAGAACACUUUUCCAUACGUGGUGCACAAGCAGUGGCAAACAUCUAAAGAGUGAAUUGCAUGAUGUUGGUCUGCAGUUGCUGAUUGCCUUUUUCAUGAAAUCUGAAUAGUAAAUAUAUUAUACAAGUUUUAGGUUAUAUUUGUGAGAAACAUUGCUAACCAGCUGGUUCAAUAUUAACUCUUAAUUGCCUUGACGCAUCACAAAUGAAGACUUAAGCCACAACUUUAUAUCCAGGAAUAAUGGGUAGCAGUAGUGCGUCUCAGACACUAAACCUUGCAUUUAGCACUCUUUUACCUCUUUACUUACUAAGUUUGAUAAUGCAAAGCAAGAAAUGAGCCUAGUGAAAUAGAAGAUUCUCUAUUUUAUAGCUCUUCACUGUGACCAGAGCAUAAAACAAGUCCUAUGGUAGGUUGCUCUGAUGAUUAUCAUGUCUGCACUUAAGCUUAUAGCAGACGAGCGGAACAAGACAAUCAGUUAAAUCAAAAAUUGAAAGGUGUUAUAAGAAGUUAAUGGCCUUUUUCGCUGUAGCAAUAAAUGAGCAAGUGCAAUGACUUGAUUUAAUAAAAAUCUCUUUUAAAAGUUGCUGCUAUGAGUAUUUUUAGCCAUAAAGAAGUCGGCCUAAUACAUGUCUGUCUUAUCUAUGAUUAGUGUUGUGUAAUACAAUGGAGGUGGGAAGGGUAAUGUUUAUACAGACAUUCCACAAAAUACAAGUUCUUUAAAGCAUAAUGCUUCAUUGACUUGUUUACAGGUGCUGUAAAAAUCAUGCAUGCUAUCAAAACUCCAGCAAAUAAAAAAAACCAAACUA